AUGAAAUUAUUGGGAGCAGCAGCAGCAGCAGCAGCAGUGGCACUAUUCGCACCAGCAUACGCGGCAGAAGAGGAUAUCUACGGUACCUGGUCGUCUGGUUCUGGCGGUGUACAGACAGGUGAAGGAUUCUGUACGCCACAAGAGUACAGCUUCAAUAUCCCAAACACCACAGGAACGAGCUACUCGUUUACUGAAGAUGGCUACUAUGAGGAAGCUUCUUACAAGUUCAGAUCAAACGCAACUCAUCCACAAUGCAUACAAGCAGUCCUCACUUGGCAGCACGGUAGAUAUGAGUUUUACGAUCAUGAGGAUAUGCAAGGUAUUAAGACUACUCCUUUCUCUGCAGAUGGUCGCGUUCAAGUUGAGGAUCCAUGUGCAGCGAGCAGCAACAUACUCAGCACAACCAGUUUCAACCACACUUUCGUUAAAUACCUCCCAUUCGAUGAUCCCGUUAAGAAUAUAAAGGCUCUCCAGCUCUACGACUUUGACGGCUCCGAGUUGGCUCCGUUGUACCUCAUUAGUCGCCAACCAAACAUGCUGCCUACUAGCCCAAUCAGCACCCAAUACUCUAAGAGAAGCAAGAGAAGCACAGAUGAGCCAGUAGAGGGUGAUGUGGAUGCGGAUAUGCAGAAUAUACUCGCAACUCCUUCUUUGGAGAGAAGGAAAGGUGGUGGUGGUAAAGGAGGCGGUGGUGGUAGAGUAAGCAGCGGUGGUGGUAAAGUGAGCAGCGGUGGAGCGGGCCGUGGCGCUAAUGUUACCUCUGGCAAUCACUCUUCUGCUGUUUCGAAUACCCUCCCUAUCUCACUCGCUGCCUUGGUCAUUGUCGCGGCAAGCAUAGCUAUCGUAUGA